AUGGAAAAGGGUUACUUUUGGUGGAGCAUUUUUGGGUUAAUUGCCCUAUUUGGAGUCACAAAAGGAGAUGAUGAAGGAUUACGUGUGGGGUUUUAUAGUAAAACAUGCCCUUCUGCAGAGCGAAUUGUGAGAAAUUCUGUUGCUAAAGCUGUGGCUAAAGAUCCUGGCCAAGCUGCUGGCAUUAUUCGAUUGUAUUUCCAUGAUUGCAUUGUUGGGGGCUGCGAUGGUUCCAUUCUUCUAGAUUCAAUCCCAGGCAUUACCAGCUCCUUCGACAUAGAACGGCAUAGUCCAGGCAACCCUUUACUCCGCGGAUUCGAAAUCAUCGAUGAUGCUAAAUCCAAGCUUGAAUCUCGAUGUGCUGAAACAGUAUCUUGUUCCGACAUCUUAGCCUUCGCUGCCCGUGACAGCGUCCUCGCCACCGGAGGCUUCUCUUACGCUGUCCCUGCUGGGCGUCGUGAUGGUCGAGUCUCCAAUGGCUCUGCCGUGUUCAUGGACGUUCCUCCUAUAACACCUAACAUGGCUCGCCUCAAACAACACUUUGAAUCAAGAGGAUUAUCCUUAAAAGACAUGGUGGCUCUGUCUGGGGCACACUCCAUUGGUAUUACGCCGUGUGGGGCAUUCUCUAGCCGCCUUUAUUUUUUCAAUGGGACGGUCGAGACGGAUCCGUCGCUGGAUCCGAAAUUUGCAGCGUUUUUGAAAACCCAAUGUCCUAAAGGGAAAUUUGAUGGGACAGCGGAUUUGGACAAUGUGACGCCGAAUUUGCUUGAUGUUCAGUUUUAUGAGAAUUUGAGGAGGAAGAUGGGGGUUUUGAGCUCUGAUCAGGCGAUGGAAGAUGACCCAUUGACGGCAGCGACGGUGAGACAGUAUCGGAGUAGUCGGAGCCUCUGGAAGGCGGAUUUCACGGCGGCGAUGGUGAAGGUGGGGAAUAUGAAGGUUUUGACUGGAAGCCAAGGGGAGAUUAGAAAGAACUGUAGUGCUUUGAAUUAG